UUCAAGAAGAAUAUUUUCUCGUCGAACUGUCAUCGGCGGUGCUUUGUUUAUUUACAUUUUUUACACACUGAGAAUUGUUCCACACAUUUUGUAACAUCCUGAUAAUGUUUGUGAGAUAACGUCCGAAAAAUGGAUGACGAGGACAGUGAUGAUAUUUACAUGGAGAUGGAGACUGACGAUGUGGUCAUUGAAGAAGUUGAAACGGAAGACUUACUGGAAAACGAGAUAUCGCAAUUUCGGGUCGUUACACCCGACGAAGGUACCUGCGAUCCAAACCUAACACGAUCAUCGGUUAUUGCGUCUACAUCAUCGUACACCGCACAGCCAAUUCUUCCCGAACACGAAGAGAUUCUCAUCAAAAAGCUCAUCAACGGCGAAAUCGAUUUCUCCGAUUACAAUGCACAGAUGGGCGUUCUGGACGAUAUGAUCAUUGACGAAACGGAUGAAAUAGUCGAAGAGGAAAUCGAAGUGCCAGAAGAACCGGUGACCGCAACAGCAUCCUCAAAUUCGAGCAAUGAUUUCACCAACGAACUGUUUCAAUCGCGCCGUGAUGCGUUCCGUGGCAAUUUGACGGGUCGCUCAGUGAACAAAGAGGGUAAAGUGACACGACGUCGGUGUAUGUUACCACCGGCAUUGCAGGGACUGAUGGGUGAAGCGAAUCUCUGUUAUGCCCGCGGUCAGACUGCGUUGGCCGAAAAACUUUGCUUUGAAAUCAUUCGACAGGUUCCGCUGAACCAUGAACCGUUCUUAACGUUGGCUCAGAUACACGAAAACAAUGUCGAGAAGUACAUGCAAUUCUCGUUGAUUGCGGCCCAUUUAAAUCCCAGCGACAUGGACCAAUGGAUUCGCAUAGCCCAAUUGGCUAUCGAACAGGGAAAUGUGAAGCAAGCAAUCAACUGCUAUGCCAAGGCCAGUAAAUUCCAUCCGCGGAAUUUAGAGCUACGACUUCGUCGCAUUGAACUGCUAGAAUCAAUCGGCGAAGAUAAAUUAGCGUUCCGAUGUACGUUCAGUAUGCUGUCGGUGAUACCGCCCGAAUCGGGAGACUUUCUGAUGGAACGUGCCAAGUAUGUUGCGAAAAAGUUUGUCGAGGAGAAUAAAAUGCAGAAGGCGCUGUCUGCACUGAACUGUGCGUACGACAAAAUACCGAAUCAGUUCAAAUUGGAGGACCUUCACAUGUACCUGGAACUGCUGAUAUCGACUGGAUCGUACAAGACAGUGCUAGACGUUCUAUGCGUUCACGCCGGUCUCAAUAUUGUGAUCAACGAAGAUGCUGCCGCUACGGAUAUGUACAUCACCAUGUGCGACAUUCCCGAUUCGAUCAACUUGGACUUUCGGUCGAAGCUGAUUGUCAGUAUGGUGCAUUUGCGUGCCUUCCAUUUGUUCGACUACCUCUUCGAUAACAUCACCAAAUUCAUCGAUGUGGAAGAGGCGGGCGACUGUUAUUUGGACAUCGCUGAAGCGUUAAUGAAAGAGGAAAAAUAUCGCGAGGCGUUGAGGUUGCUGAUUCCGUUGGUCAAAAGUCAAAAUUAUAGUUUGGCAGCGGUGUGGCUACGGCACGCAGAAUGUUACCGCGUAAUCAAUCAAAUUGACGAAGCAAUCGAAUCGUAUCAGCAAGUGGUGAAAUUGGCUCCGCAACACUUCGAUGCUCGGUUGACGUUGUCGGCCCUGUUGAAGAAGCAGGGGAAAUAUGCAGCCGCUAUGACCGUUCUGGAACAGGAUCUGGAAAAUGAAAUCAUCGAUCCGUGCGUGCUGUACGAACGGUGUUUUAUGCUCAAAGAAACGGGUAACAUGGACCAGUACGUUGACGUCAGUUUUUUCCUGCUCUCACGGAAUGCGAUUAAAUUACGGAACAGCGACGAGAUGACCAUCGCGGCAUCAAUUGUCAAAAUGUCCAACAAAGUGGCGAUGAUCAAGGAGCAUCGAGUGAACAACUCGGAACCGGUUGACGAUACAGACGUACCGGAAUUCAUUAAGUCGGACAACGAACCAGCAUUGGAAAACGAAUGGAACUUGUUCAACGACAUCAUUAGCAUCUGCUACGAGCAGAAGCGGUUUCUACUGAUGCAGAGGAUCGUUUUGACGAUGCACACAUCGAGGCGAUUCUAUGCGGCCUAUUCACGGGAAUUGGAUUUCCUAGCUGUCCUAUCGUCGAUCUACACACGUGACAGUAAUUUGUCGUACGUGCUUGGUAAGGAGAUGUUGAACAAGCACAUGGACAUACCCCGUGCAUGGAACCUAUUCAAUGUCGUGCUACAAUUUUCAAUUGACAUCCGGUACAGUCGAUAUUUGCUACGACUGUUUCGGCGCGUCGAAUUGCUUCAUAUAACACCGGCAAUGAUUCGAGCCAAUUACUUCCUGUUGUCCGGCUCGUACAAAUACGCCAUCAACGAUUACAUGUGCAUUUUCGAGAAGACCAAAUCUCCACUGCUCGCACUACUCAUUGCCAUCACCUACUCACACUUGGGCCAACAGAAAUUCAUCGAGAAGAAGCAUGCAAUCAUCGCCCAUUCACUGUCUUAUUCGUCGAAAUAUCAGGAACUGCGCGAAGAUGUCGCACCGCAUGAGGUCCAUUACAAUUUGGGACGAUUGCAUCAUCAUUUGGGCAUCAAUCACAUCGCCGUUCAUCAUUACAACAAAGUGCUCGGCUACUCGUCGGAGUUGAUCGACAAGAACCGGGAAUAUCUCGAUCUGAAGAAGGAGGCCGCCUUCAAUUUGCACUUAAUUUAUAAGAAAAGUGGAAAUUUGUAUUUGGCCAGGAAGUGUUUGUACGAUUACAUUGUUGUGUGAGCGGA